AUGUUGGGCCAGAGCAUUCGGAGGUUCACCACCUCGGUGGUCCGCAGGAGCCACUACGAGGAGGGCCCGGGGAAGAAUUUGCCAUUUUCGGUGGAAAACAAGUGGCGAUUACUAGCUAUGAUGACUUUGUACUUUGGAUCAGGAUUUGCUGCACCUUUUUUUAUAAUAUGA